GUCUCUCUGUCACCAAACAUCAAGCAAGGCACCUCCAUCUGUAUUUUAAUGUCUGACUGACCUUUUCAUCAAUUCCUUCCUUCUUCGCCUUCACAGCCUUCUUUCCUUCGCCCCUCGUUUGGGAAGGUUUUCAUGCUCACCCACCUUGUCCUCCAUUCCUCUUAGACCCUCUCUCUCUCUCUCUCUGUCCAAUUUCUUUUCCCUUUUUAUCUUUUGAAGGAGAGACAAGAAGAUAAGGAAACAUGAUCCAAUUUCUUCAUUAUCUUCUCAAUCUUGCAUAGGCUUGACAUCAUUCUUCUUCCUUGUUUUGUUGGUGGCCCUUUUCUGGGUUCAAUCUCCGGUGCAUGCUCGCCAUGCGCUGUUGACUUUUACAGAGAGGCUGUGCAUUAUCCCUUUGGUUUUCCAUGAAAGGACACUGAGUAAGAACGAUGGAAAAUGAAGCCUUUUGGCCAUGGUCGAAGGAGUUGGAGACAGACUCGCCUCGUUGCUGAACCUUGGCCCGCUUAUUUUAAGGGAGAGUAACUGUCUGAGGUUGGUCAGAGAUAAAUUAAUCUCAAUUUCGCUCUCCAUUUUCUUCCUUGCAACUGCUGCAUUGGGGCUUGCUUUGCUUGUUGCGUCUCCAAUGGCCACCAAGAUGAAAGGAAUCUACAAAGGCUUCAAAUACAUCUCCCAAAUAUUUGUCGUGAAGGAGAGGGAUAUGGAAAUUGGGUACCCAACAGAUGUUAAACACGUGGCACACAUCGGAUGGGAUGGUCCAUCUGGGAGUGGACCCAGUUGGAUGACUGAAUUCAAGAGUGCUCCUGAUUUUUCCACUUCCCUCGGUACCAUUGGUGAUCCUGGUGACUCCAGCUCUGUGGCUCGUUCCACAUGGUCCUCUCAAGAUUUUGAGCAAAUCAUGGGACAGCAAUCGACGUCCGAGAUGUUCAAAGAAAAUCUGCCAACAGAUCUUCCGAAUAUCCCCAAGAAACAAAAGAGGAAAAAGAGCAAGUCGUCUUCAUCCCCCAAGUCUUCAUCCUCAACAAGAUCCUCUCGAGCAGCAAAGUCGAAGGCUUCAUUCUAGAAAUGGAUAAAACACCGAACCUACAACACUAGACCUGGUGGGGGUUAAUAUGACUAGGAAAGAACGACAAUGCCCACUGAUGUGCAUAGAAGAACUUGCUUGUUCACUUUUUUCCGAGGAUGUUUCCGAUGAACAAGAGAAUGUAGAAAGUCAGACAAGCUUGUGUACAUUUGAACUCGACUUUUCUUUUCGAUUUUACAGGGAUGUUUUACAGGGAUGUCGAAAAAUUGGUGAGAGUGGAGUUUGGGGGAGAGGGAGGACAAGGGCAAGGGCAUGACUGAGUUCACUGAUAACAGUGAUUUGAGGAAGUUUGCUAUUGUUUAUUUAUAUCAAUCUUUUUUCUUUCUGUUUUUUCCA